GUAGGUUGCAUAUUGCAUGAGUGUGGUUUGGUCUGAGCUUGCUUUGAUUAUCACCUGUUUGCUUACCCCAAUGUGUGCCUGUUGUCUCCUUCGCCUGUUGUGCACGUCUGACUUUACGAAGACGGCCAUGCCAAGAGGAGGUAGGGAGACACGGCCGUCACGGAGGUCAUUGGGGGCAUCAGGAGGAUAUGAGCGGCAUGGGCCUCGCCAUCGAGAGAGUACUCCGGUGUACGACGAUGGGGACAUCGAGCUAUUCCUGGACAGUUUCUGGGAGCAUGUCAAGCGUAUGGGCUGGACCGUGGCCCAGGCGAUUAAGAGAUUGAGGGGAGCCGGCAGGUUCGAGGAGCCCAUUGCCCGGAUCCGUAGGGAGGCGACGACGAGGCCAGAGGUGGAGAUGAGGAUGCAGGAGCGGCCCUCGACUGUGGGACCUGAUGGCAGGCCGAUCCGCCUAGAGAUCGGAAAUGUGGCGGACUUUAUUCCUACCUUCGAGUGGUUCAUGCAGGGGCAGGGUACACCGAGAGAUGAUUGGGCGAGGACGCUACCCCUCUGGACCAGAAAGGCGGAGAGGCCGCUGGCUAGGCAGAUCAGAGACAUGGCCCGGGAUUGGGAGAACUGCAGGGCACACUUAAGGGAGGCCUUUCGACGGCCAGAGUCGCCUCGGCCCCGAGUUGAGAGGCGCCGGAGGAGAAGGAGGCAGAGGGACCCUGAGCCCAACGAGGCAAGGCCAUCUCGAGGGGGACGGAAGACUCUAGCCAGGAGAGAAGAGGAGUCGGAGUCUGAGGGUGAGGAGCGAGGAGCGUAUCCUGAGUGUGGGCUCGGACCGGUGGAGUUCCGCCACUUUACCGGGAGUGGAUUGAGGAGGUCGCCAGUGUGCACGCGAGAGGAGGCGCCAGCAUCUGAGGGGCCGCUGAGAGAGUUGGAGGCGCAUCUGGAUGUCUCUCAAUGGGGAGCAUCGUCUCGAGGCGAGGAGCGUGGAGGACAGGCAAAGGAGGUGCCACGAGAGGAGGUGCCACGAGAGGAGAUGCCACGAGGGGAGGUCCGAGAUACUCAGCGAGACAGAGGGUUGGGCGAUAAAGGGAGACGUGCAGGAAAGGAAGUAAUAGAGGUUGGAGAGGACACACCCCCUCAGACGCCAGCAAUGGGUUUGAGGCUUGGGGAUACACCAGGGAGCACUCGCCAGGCAGCAGGGGGAUUGCAGAGGGAGGAGGCCCCAUUGCCUUCAUCAGAAAAGGCACCUUCGCCAGAGAGGAGAGCAGAAAGGAGGAGAGAGACUGCACGUGCAAGGGGAGAGGCCCUGGCUUUGAUUGACAAAUACUUAGCAGCGCAUGCCCUAGAGCACCCAGACCUGGAGGAGCCAACACCUGCAGAGCCGCGUCAGGAGCCGUGUCAGCCCGAGAAGGAAGUGGAGGCAGAGAUCCCGAAGAGGAUCGACCUCCGCACGAGGGAGAGGGCACCAGCUAGAGAAACAGCUGAAGGAAAGAGGGCGAGAAGAAGCAGGAGGAUAGAAAAUAUAUGGCAAGAGAGGCAGAGGUUGGAGGCAGUGGGGGCACUUCCGGAGCAGCAGCAGGAAAGGCAGAGAUUGGAGACAGCAGGGGCACUCCCGGGUCAACCACCCAGCGCGCCAGCUAAGGCCCCGGAAAUCCCAGAGAUGUGGAGAGACUUCUGGGAGCAGAGAGGAGAGGAGCUUCCUUUGCCAACCAGAGCCCGGUUUGGAAUAGCAAGGAAGGUGGAAGAAAGGUUGGAUCGCAAAAUCAAGUUCCUGGCCAAGACAACUUUUGACCGACACUUGUUAUUGGAGGGCGAUCUGGCAAGGGAGAAGACAAAGGACCAUGGAGUUCGCCUGGAGGCUAUGGAGGUGGAAAUCCAGGAGCUCAGGGCAUUGGUGGCCAGUCAGGCAGCUAUCAUCGAGAACCUGACGCAACAAUUUCAGGGAAGAGCGGACAAACCAGAGAGCAGCCGGCAGGGAGAGUAGAGGCAGCCAGGACAGGGGUUGCCGGGGCAGCCAUCUGCAGCAGAGCCUCACCAGGAGCCACCUAUGGGGAAAGUUAUCCUGGAGCCAGAGGAGGCGAGAGCCCAGAAGGGGGCAGAGAGAGAGGCCUUCGAGUUCAGAGCCCCUACUGAACUCGCGACGCUACCUAUAGUAGCGGCGGGCCCAGUCAUGCCAUUGACAGUUGAGGAGGGACUACCACCUAGCAGUGAGCCGGCUCAAGGCUCAGCAGAGGGAUCCAUGGACGUGCUCCUUGAGGCAGUGCACUCGAUGCAGGAGGAGGCGAGUUUGUUUUCGCCUGGAGAGAGGGUAGAUACCUCGACGCCGUUGUGUGGGCAUGGUCCAACAAUGAACGCUCUGAGACAGA